UCCCCUUCCAACAACGCAGUCAUGUUUCUUCUCGUUGUUAUCAUCGUCAUAAUUCUGAUCAUUAACUUUGUCCUCGACUGCGAUAUUAUUCUCAAGUUCAAAGAGAGGUUCGGUGCCAAACCAGCGGAAAAACUUCGUGGUAAAGUGGUGUGGAUCACGGGUGCUUCUAGCGGUAUUGGCGAGCAUUUAGCUUACGAACUGGCAAAAUGUGGCUGUAAAUUGGUGCUAUCUGCAAGAAGGAAAGAAGAAUUGGAGAGAGUGAAAGAAAGUUGUAUUGCCCUUGCAAGAGAGAGAUCACUUACUAUUGAUGUCCUGGUUCUUCCACUGGAUGUUACUGAAUAUAAACUGCACAAGGAUCUUGCCCAGGCUGUUAUGAAUUAUUUUCAGAGGAUUGACAUCUUGGUGAACAACAGUGGUCGAUCUCAGCGUGGCCUAGUGCUUGAUACCCCUGGAAUGGAGGUUGACCAAGCCAUGGUGAAUAUCAACAUCUUUGGACCAAUUUCACUGACCAAGGCAGUUUUGCCGCACAUGAUCAAACAAAAAGCGGGACAAAUUAUUGUCACAAGCAGUGUGGCUGGCAAAAUUGGUUCUCCUGGUCAGGCCACAUACAGUGCAACUAAAUUUGCUAUUCAGGGUUAUUUCAACACCCUGAGGAUGGAGGUUAAUGAACAUAACAUUGGAGUGACCCUAGUCUGCCCUGGGCCUGUCCAAACAGAUGUUGUGGCAAAUGCCUUCACAGAAGAUAUCAACAAGCAAUUCAAGGAGAAGGCCGCAGUUCAACGAGACAGCAACAGAAUGCCACCCGCAAGGUGUGCACAGCUCAUGGCUAUAGCAAUGGCAAAUCAGCUUGAUGAAGUAUGGAUUUCUCCCAGGCCUGUCCUGCUAUUUGUAUACAUCAGUCAAUACUGCCCUGUUUUGUAUGACUGGUUUGCCAAACGUGUGGGCAUGAAACAGGUUCGAAGGAUGCGGGAAGAAACAGAAUCAAGAGGGAGGAAAACUGGAGAACCCAGAGAAAAACCCUCAGAGCAAGGAGAGAACCAACAGCAAACUCAAACCACUUAUGACACCAGGAAAGAAGACUGAUGAAUAGUUAAAGAAUGACAAGUGGAAUAUUAAGUUUGUACAUGUAAUUGCAAUUUGAAAAUCAAAAUGAUGUAGAAUAGUUUGGAAUAAAACUAUAACAUUCUCAAAUUCAUGUGAUAAUCCAUAAAGAAGGUGAAACUAAAAUAAAUAAUGCAAAUAACA